AUGUAUACAUAGUCGCUUUGAUAGUUACACUACUGACAUAUAACCUCCAAAUUGUAGAAGAUAACGUCAAAGAUUGCCGGCAACUAAGUUUCAUAUUAAUUUAAUUUUAUUAGAAAUCAAAAUGAGUGAUUACAAGAUUAUUACGUCUGAUUUUAUUAAUUUGAAUAUCACAAACUCAGGUACUCAAAAUUCUUGCAUUGAAAGAAGAUUUCAAAAGGGUAUUACAAUCGACGAAUUUAAGGGAAAAUUAGAAUUACUCACUGGAGGAAAUCCAAUGACAAUGACUAUAGAAGUAUACGAUAAAAAUGAUAGUUUAAUUUGUAAAUUAGCCGAUGGACAACGACUCUUAGGAUCUUAUCCAAUUGAUGAUGGCAUGAGAAUACAUGUCGUAGAUAAUUUUUCACGUACCGAAGAUGAUCUGAGUAAAGUUGAAAAGUUUGAAAUAUCUGAAGAGGAGUAUGCUAAAAGAUCAGAUACUGUAAAGGCAUUUUUAGCAAAAAAUAAGUUGGGAAAAUACAACGAAGAGGAUAUGAAAAGAAGAGAGGAAGAAAAAUUACGGGAAGAAGAAGCGGAAAAAGCUGCAGCUGAAUUAUGCAAAGCAGGAGAUAGAUGCGAAGUUAGUGUUCCAAAUCAACCUAAACGAAGAGGUACUAUCAUGUACGUUGGUAAAACAGAAUUUAAAGAAGGUUGGUGGGUUGGUGUAAAAUAUGAUGAACCGCUUGGUAAAAAUGAUGGAACUGUAAAUGGAAAGAAAUAUUUUGAAUGUUCACCCAAAUAUGGUGGAUUUGUAAAACCAGCUCAUGUUAAAGCUGGAGAUUUUCCAGAAGAAGACUUUGAUAUGGAUGAAGAGCUUUAAUAUAUAAAAUAAGUCUCCAGUUGACAGGAUGAGAUUCUUCAGUCUAAAAAUAACAUCAAAUAAUUUAUAUAAAUAUAAAGCCUUUUUUGCAUUUUUGUAAUUGCACUGUAUUAUUUAUUUGCAAAAAUAUAUACCGCAGUAUUGUCUUCUUUGUAAACUUUUAUUGUUUUGUCCGCUUCCGUUGUAAUCAUACGAGUACCGGAUAUGUCAAACGUAAUACUGAAUACGCCAGCUUCGCUAUCCAUUGAACCAGGUUGAACUGGUGCUUGUAAUCGUUGAAAAUUAUAUCUACAAAUUAAAAUAAUAUACGCAAUCAACUUGUAAGUUAAAUUAAUAAACAAAGUAAUAUCUUUAAUUAU